AUGCAUUGUUUGUUCACAAUUCUAAUAUUACAGUGAUGGACACCUUUUCUCCUUCAUUUCUCUCCACAUUACCGCCUAAAGCAAAACUCCGGUCUCCGGCCACCGUCACCAGAUCUAUUACUUCCCCACCAUCUUAUGUUCCUCGCCGUUGCAUUUCCUCCGUGAGAAUUGAAGAAAAGGCUCCAACGACCACUACCACCACCACCAAAACAGCACCACUCCAACUUCCAAAAACUCAGCCUCCACCACCAACGCCGCCAUCAUAUGCUUCUCCGUCGGCCGUGGCUAAGAAAAGAGUAGAGCCGAAGUUGUCCACUGUGAUCUUCAACACAUUUGACGACAUCAUAACCAACUUUAUAGACCCUCCAAUCCGGCCUUCAGUCGACCCCAGGCACGUCCUGUCCCACAACUUCGCUCCCGUCGAUGAGCUUCCUCCUACGCCGUGUGAAGUCAUACAAGGAUCACUCCCGCCGUGCCUCGACGGCGCAUACAUUCGUAAUGGCCCCAACCCUCAGUUCCUCCCCAGGGGACCCUACCACCUCUUCGAUGGUGAUGGAAUGCUUCACUCCAUUCGAAUCUCCGACGGCAAAGCCACUUUGUGCAGCAGAUAUGUCGAGACAUACAAGUACUCCGUUGAAAAACAAAUUGGUUCUCCGGUUCUUCCCAAUGUUUUCUCAGGAUUUAACGGCCUAACGGCCGCUGCAACACGCGGUGCUCUCUCCGCCGUUAGGAUUCUAACCGGCGAGUUCAAUCCUGCAAACGGUAUUGGCCUUGCAAACACUAGCUUGGCCUUUUUUGGGAACCGGCUCUACGCACUCGGUGAGUCAGAUCUACCUUAUUCCAUUCGCUUAACAUCCACAGGGGAUAUAGAAACAUUGGGUCGCAUUGAUUUUGAUGGAAAACUGUUCAUGAGCAUGACUGCUCACCCGAAGAUCGACGCCGACACCGGCGAGGCUUUUGCUUUCCGAUAUGGCCCUGUGCCACCAUAUCUAACAUAUUUUUACUUCGAUGCUAAUGGAAAUAAGAAACCAGACGUUCCUAUAUUCUCCAUGACCCGCCCGUCUUUUCUCCAUGACUUUGCAAUUACAAACAAGUACGCAAUAUUUGCCGAUAUACAGAUAGGAAUGAACCCCAUGGACAUGAUCUUCGGUGGUGGAUCUCUGGUGGGUGCCGACCCGGCUAAAGUACCUCGAAUCGGAGUCAUCCCUCGAUACGCGAAAGACGAGUCUGGAAUGAGGUGGUUCGAUGUGCCUGGAUUCAACCUAAUACACGCCAUCAAUGCAUGGGAUGAAGAUGAUGGGAACGCCAUAGUCUUGCUGGCACCCAACAUUCUAUCAGUAGAACAUACCCUGGAGAGAAUGGAGCUGGUCCAUGCUUUAGUUGAGAAGGUGAGGAUCGACUUAAGAACAGGGAUAGUAACAAGGCAUCCAGUUUCGGCAAGAAAUCUUGACUUCGCAGUAUUGAACCCGACUUAUGUUGCCAAGAAGAACAAAUAUAUGUAUGCUGCUGUAGGGAACCCCAUGCCGAAAAUAGCAGGGGUGGUGAAAUUGGAUGUGUCCAACGGAGAGCGGCGAGAGUGCACGGUGGCAAGCAAAAUGUACGGGCCAGGUUGCUUUGGUGGGGAACCGUUCUUUGUAGCCAAGGAACCAGAGAAUCCAGAGGCAGACGAGGACGAUGGAUAUGUGGUCUCUUAUGUCCACAAUGAAAACACAGGGGAGUCGAGGUUCUUGGUGAUGGACGCGAAAUCACCCGAUCUCAACAUUGUGGCAUCCGUGAGGCUGCCCCGCAGGGUGCCGUAGAGCGCAGUACAAAUAUUCUUUCCUCUCAGGCUCAUGUGGAUCAUUCAAUAAUUAGAAGAUAUAUGUAUAUGUGUGGUCAUUAUUUGUGUAUACUGCAUGCACCAUAGCAGAUGAAGGUACAAGGUGUUUAAAACAUUGGAUAAAUACCACCUAGCUGUAUUAAUUACAGAAAAAUUGAACCUUUAAACAUUUAUUUUUGGGUUUAA